ACCAUGGUUAAGAUAACAAAAACCAGUAAUAUAGGCAGUGAGUGUUUAGGUUCAUUCAACCCAAUUUUUCUCUCUCCUCCCCGUUUCUCUCUCUAUCUCUCUCUUCUCCGAUCUCCUCUUGCCACCGCCGCUGUUCGUUUCCGUCAAUCAAACGGCGUCGUAUACUCCCCAUCAUCUCCGUCAUCUUUGACAGACAAUUUAACUCUACACCAAAUACUCGCAUUCAUUCAAAUUUGCAACUUCCGUAGAUCGAUACUUCGUGCAGAUCCGUCUCCGGUCACGUCAAGUUGUUUGGAUGACAUUGGCACUCCAGUUGGAAAAUGAAUUCAAAUAUGCUGGCUGGAGAACGAAGAUGGGCCACUGCAAGAAGGGGUGGCAUGACUGUUUUGGGGAAAGUUGCUGUACCAAAGCCCCUAAACCUGCCGAGUCAAAGGUUGGAGAACAAUGGUUUGGAUCCCAGUGUUGAAAUUGUUCCAAAGGGUACUCUUAGCUGGGGAAGCCGGCCAUCUUCCUCUGGUUCAAAUCCAUGGAUUUCUUCAUCGCUGUCACCAAAGGCUGAUGGUGGUACCGUUUCACCUAGUCAUGUCAGUGGCCGUCCUUCAUCAGGUGGAAGUGGUACUCGUCCAUCAACUGCUGGUAGUGAUAGAACACAUGAACCUGUUGCCGGUGCUUGGGGUCCAAAUUCUAGGCCUUCAUCGGCUUCUGGGACAUUGUCAUCAAAUCAAACAUCAUCGACAGCGCUGCGCCCUAGAAGUGCAGAGAACAGGCCUAACAGCUCGCAGCUUUCACGAUUCGCAGAGCCUGGAUCCAAAAGUUCAGCAGCAUGGGGUCCACAUGCAGAAAGAUUGGGUGCAAAGUCCUCCAAGGAAGAUAUGUUCUCACUGAGUUCUGGAGAUUUUCCAACUCUCGGUGCUGAGAAAGACCAUUCGGUGAAGAAUAUUGAAUUAGAAGAUGAUGGCCGUCCUAGCUCAGCUUCUGGUAGAAUAGCUCUGGAAAAAGAGAACAUAAAAUACCAGGCUGAUGUAAUGCAUGGAACCGUGAAUACAUGGAGGGCCGAUGGUUCCCAAAAUGCAGAGGAUGAUAUCCAUCCAAGCAUGGAGAAACGACAUGGUGAUCACCAUCAAUAUUAUAAUGCCAAUGCUGGGCCGCAGCAUUUUGACUCGUGGCGUGGUCCUCCUAUGAAUGGUCCAGCUGGCGGUUGGUAUGGGGGGCGUCCUCGUGGCCCACCAUUUGGGGGUCCUGUUGCACCUGGUGGUUUUCCAAUGGAACCAUAUCCUUAUUACCGCCCUCAGAUGCCGCCACCCCCUCUAGCGGGUUCACAGCCAGUUCCACCACAAGGUCCUAGAGGAGGACCCCAUCCCAAAAACGGUGAUUUGUACCGCCCACAAAUGCCAGAUGCCUAUGCACGACCAGGUAUGCCAUUUAGACCAGGUUUCUACCCUGGCCCCCCUGGACCCCAUGGCCCACCUGGACCAAUGGCUUUUGAGGGGUAUUAUGGACCACCAAUGGGCUAUUGCAACAAUGAACGGGAUAUUCCUUUUAUGGGUGUUGGAGGAGGGCCACCUGUGUAUAAUGGCUAUCCUGCACCUGCACCUGCACCUGCUCCUGAUAUUAGUAAUUCUCAUGGCGGCAGAGGUGCUGGGCGUGGUCCUGCUAGCAAAACAUUGUCUGAGCAUGCGGAAGCUGAUCAUUUAGAGGAUAAUACUCAAGGACCAAAAAGAGGUCUUUUGAGGAACCACAAUGAGGGCCAGAGAGUGGAAGGAGAAAAUCGGGAGCACAACCAGCAACCUAAUGUCUUGUUUUCUGGAAAAGGUCGCCUUCCUACGAUACCGUACCGAAAGAAUGAGUGGGGGGCUGAAGAGGUCACAGAAGAAGCUGUAGUUCCUCAAAGGAGAACACCACCAACCGAUAACUUUUCACGCGGUUAUGAAAAUAGAGCUACAGACAGUGUGAAAGUGAAGUCGUUUGAAGGUGUACGUAAUGUGAAAGGAGUGGAAGAUAAUUUGGCAAAUAAAUCUGGAAUUGUGCAAUCUUUCUCUCCAGAAUUGCCUCAGAUACCCCCUGUCAGUGAGAGAGAUACAACACUAAAUGCUGCUGCAAAGAAAACAGCACUAAUGCAGAAAAUUGAUGGCUUGAAUGCAAAAAUCCGUGUUACUGAUGGACGAAAUGAUUCCUCCGGUGCUUAUAACAAAGAAGAAGAAAGGAGAGGAUCUCAAAUAGCUGGUGAAGUUAGUGAUGCAACUCGAACUGUAGAUAGGACUCUUCUUCCCAGAGAUUAUGUAUCUGUUCCCCAGGAAAUGAAUGUUCCGAUUGCUGAUAAGCCAAUGCAACAAAUGUCUGUCAUGUCUAGGAGACCAUAUAAUGGUGAGCAGGGUAGAGAUAAUCGUGGCAAAGGAAAGUUCAAUAGUCAGGAUGCCGAUGGGUGGCGAAGGAAGCCUACUAAUAUUGAUUCUGCUGCACCUAACAUCAAUGCACAUGGUCCUAAUGUUGCAGUGGAGGCUUCUGAGAAUUCUAUGAUCAACCCGGCAGGAAAGAUUGAAGGAGAUUUAAUUGAAACAAAUGACUCAAUUGAUAUUCAGGCACAGCGUGCCAAGAUGAGAGAGUUGGCUAAACAACGUGCCCUUCAGCUACAAAAGGAAGAGGAAGAAAGGAUUAGGGAGCAAAAGGCCAAGGCUUUAGCUAAACUGGAAGAAUUAAACCGGCGAUCACUCGCAGGUGAAGCUGCAAACAAGAAUUCUGAGAAAACUGAAGCCGUCAGUGACAUCCGAGUAGAACAAAAAGAACCACAAACAGUUUGUGAACCAGUGAAGGCUGAUCUCGAGUUCCAAGAACCUGGUUGGAAUAUGGAUGUUGCUUCUGUAGACACACACGGCAGUGCAAACCAGACUGGAGAAUCUGUUCAAGUGUCAAGAAAUUUGCCUUUGGAGAAAAAACGUGAAGGUUCAUUGGAGUCCAAUGUGUCUCCUUUACCUGUGAAUGAAGAUGCUCGUGCUGACAGUGGUAAAAAAGUGGCAGCUCAAUUUCAUGACGGAGGCAACUCUAGGCCCAAGCGGACCGGUUAUAAGCAAAAACAGAACAAUUUGGUACAGAAGAGCUCGAGUGAAUUAUCUGCCCCCCAUGUUGCAUCCGAGGCACAGAAAAGUCAUACUAUUGCAGAUAUUCCACCACAUGAUGGCCCAUCAGGGGAGAUCAAAAUAAUCGAGUCAAAUGUGCCCAACGUGUCUAGUACUGUGGUUGAGCCUUCUGCCCAUCAAAGGAAGAAACAUAACCGUAAUAGUAAGCAUAAGCACAAACUGGAUGAGACCACUGCAGUUCCUGCUUUACCAUCAGUAAUAUCAGACGUUGAUUCUGGCAAGGAGCCUGUAAAAAAUGGCGAAUCUAAGGAUUCUUUGUCGAAAUUGGAUAGCUCUGUAUCAACCGUGGCUGAGCCUGAUAGAGGAACACCGUCUCAGGAUGUAGGCUCUUCUUUAGCCAAUGAAGAAUCUCAAACCAAAGGAUCCAAUCAAUGGAAACCUCACCCUUCUCGCCGAUUGCCGAGAAAUCAACAUGCUAAUAGAUUUACCGACAAGCACCAUGGCAGUGAUACUGUUGUUUGGGCUCCUGUGCGUUCAGAUAACAAGGCUAAGGGUUCUGUUGACUCAAGUCAGAAAUCUACACAGGAAUCUGAUUAUUUGGUGAAGGGUGAUAGUGCGGCGGCAGAGAAUAGUUCGAAAGGCAAGAGGGCUGAAAUGGAGAGAUAUGUUCCGAAGCCUGUAGCGAAGGAGCUGGCUCAGCAAGGAAAUAUUCAACCUUUGACUUCUUCAAUUAGCUCUUCUAGACCAAACGAGGCUGCUGAGAGGGAACAACCUGUAAUCUCCAUGGCUGCACAUGUUGGAUCUACGGUAGAGAUUAACGAGGGUGAUGUGAGCCAUAACAAGCAUAAAAAAGAGCUGGGGACUUGGAAACAACGGGGUAGUUCGACAGAUUCAUCUCAUGUGAAGGGUGGUGCACAUGUUGAGCCGUCUCUUAAAUCGGAGCUAACCAAGGAUGUUAAACAAUCUAAAGAUUCUGUUCAUUUGGUCAAACCUGAAACUGAUGAUGGCCAUAAUAUGCCCAAAAAUACGAGCAAAUAUCCUUCGGUUAAGGAUCAGGGAGCAAUAAACAGAGGAAAGAGACAUCCCUCUCGGGGGGGCCAUAGGGGCGCUGGAAAUAAUCCCGAUGCUGAGAAUACUUCUAGUGGUGAAAUUGAUGGAAGUAAUAUUCAAUCUGCAGGACCUGACAAAAUUCAGACAGACAGAACUUUUAUCUCAAAAGAGAAUCGUAACUUUGUCGGGGAGCGGUCAUCAUCUCACUGGCAACCAAAGUCGAACUCGAGCAACGCAAAUAACAAUCAGCAUGUGAACAGAAACGCUGGAACUGAAUCUGUGACCACAGAAACCAACAGGUUCCCAAAGAAGGACCACCCUCAGCAUAAGGCGCACGUCAGUCAAACUCAGCCAGGUCAUCAUUAUGCCAAUGUCAAGAGUAAUGUGACUGAGGAGUCGACUUUAGGCAAUCAACAAGAAUUCAACAACAGAGAAAAGAAGCCCGCUCCAGCGAAAAGUCGUCCCUAUUCUCCAAACCAAGAUCCAGUUGGCUCUGGCGAUUCACCUCCUAAUUUCAACACAGAUGAUCAACAGCUUGAUAGGAAUAUGCCAUCGGGAUCUACGCGAAAUAAUGUGAGGCCACAGAAUCGUUCUGUCAGAGGGGGCCAUGACCCCCGUGGAGAUUGGUCUUCUUCAGGGUACGAUAACAGACCGCACAAUGCGCCUACAUUUCGGGAUAAUAGGCAGAGGCAGAACAUGCACUAUGAGUACCAUCCAGUGGGUCCCGUCAAGGGCAACAACAAAACCGAAAAAGUUGAGGAAGCAGCUGAUGGAGUUGAAGGUAUGGAGCAAAGACACAGGGAAAGAGGUCAGAGUCAGAGUCAACCCAAACGCGGAGGAAAUUUUUACAGGCGACAAACUGGGCCCGCUCAUGUGGACUCAAGUCGGAACUGAUUGACAAGUGAGAUUUGAGUAAAAUUUCCCGUCUUCUAUUUCUUGAUUAGCCAAUAUAAAAAUCCCAGCUUAGAUAUGGGCCUCUUCUAUUUUGAGUUCACAGAGAAAACUUAGUAUAUCUGUUUGACUGGUGGUGACACGUGGUUAGGGCACACCAUUGAGUGAUGUGAUGUGUUAGAUCGAUGAAAUUAUGGGGAUGCAGUAACCUAUUUUUACAAUUGUAAAAUUGAUUUCGAUAACGCGGUGACGUGGUUUGCAAGUAACCUUAACAAUGUGUAGCUCAGUUUCGUGUAUUGGGUAGUCGAUUCGUGCCUCGUGUGUAACUGGCCGAAGAACAAAGUAGAAAAGGGAAGAUUUGUAGUGUCUAUUCUAUAAUCUAUGUUUUGUUGGAACGGUGUCAUCCUUCGUGCCUUGUUUCUUUUUCGUCCACUCUGUCGGAAUUGCUACUACUGUUAUUGAUUAUAUUCGCCUUGCAGGUGCGAUUUGAAUGCAUUUUUGCUUUGUGAUUUUUA